AAAAUACUUAUGUAUUUAAAUAUGUAUUUGUAUUUGUAUAUGUGCAUAUAAAAUGCACUCAUAAGCUUAUUAUACUUUAUUUACCAGCUUCGCAUAAUUGUAAUACUUAUAAGCAUAUUCUUGAUACAUUAAACGGUCAGUCCACUCAUAAACCUCAAACCGUCGUGUUCUUUAUUCUCUCUCUACAUGGUAGCAGAGCAAGGUUACUGCUGUAGUGUCGGGUGUCGGAAUUAAAUAAAUAAAAUAAAAAUCAAAAGUGCAAAAUCUGCUGUAAUAAUAAAAAUAAAAUAACGCUUCAAUUAAAAUGGAAAAGGGUUUUGAAGUAGAGAAACUCAAAGGCCAGGAAAAUUUCCACAACUGGUGUUUCGCAAUAAAAAAUAUAUUAGCAUUCAAAGGUCUGCAUAAGUGUAUAACCGAUCCUGUCACAGAAACAAACGCUGAGAAAUUAACUAAUUGCAAAGCCCUGUUAGCUCUAAGCGUAGCGCCAUCGCUGUACGUUCACAUAUCCAGAUGUGAAACAGCGCUAGAAAUAUGGCAGAAACUAAAAAAUCUGUAUGAGGACAAAGGCUUAACAAGAAAAAUUGGGUUAUUAAGAGGCCUGAUCUCUUGCAGAUUAGAAGACUGCGAGAACAUGCAAUCAUACAUUGAUAGAAUUAAAGAUAAUUCUAAUAAAUUAAAUGAAAUUGGUUUUGAGAUAAAUGAGGAUUGGCUGACGGCGAUAGUAUUGGCUGGUUUAACUGAUGCAUAUAAACCAUUUAUAAUGGGAAUUGAAGCAUCAGACUCACAAAUAAAAUCAGAAACAAUAAUCGCUAAACUGUUGGACUCUGAUACCAACACAACCACAAAAAGUGAUGCAUUUCUUAGUAAAAAAAGGUACGAAAAUAAGCAAAAAUACUUACAAAAGAAAAAAUGCACAACUUGUGGAAAGAAACAUGCAGGGGAAUGUCACUACAAGAAAAAUAAUGCACAAAAUGGCACAGCAAAAAAUGCAUUCACAGCGUUAUUAACGAAAAGAAAUAACGACGACUGGUAUCUAGACAGUGGUGCAUCGUCUCAUAUGACACCAAACGAUAAUUUGCUCACUAGCAAAAAAAAAUUCACUCGUUGACAAAAUAAUGUCAGCAAAUGGAACAGCUAUGACAGUAAGUUGCGUUGGCAAAACAUCACUGAAUAUCAACGGGCAAGAAAUUGUAGUUAACGAAAUUCUACACGUGCCCGAUUUAUCAGUAAACCUUCUGUCAGCUGCAAAAAUAGUGAGUCAGGGGAAUGUAAUAAAAUUCGAUGCAACAGGCUGUACAAUACUUAACAAAAACAAAGAAGUAAUUGUACAGUGCAAAGCGGAAAAUGGUGUUUACAAACUGAAGGGAAUCCAAGCAAAAUGCUUGUUAUCAAAACAAACAAAUAACAACGCAAUGCUAUGGCACAGGCGACUUGGACACAUAAAUUUUCAAAGUUUAAAGAAAAUGCGUGACGGCGCUGUUUCUGGUAUUGAUUUCAAUGACGACGAUCAUGAAAUAAAAAAUUGUCAGAUAUGUCCCAAAGGCAAACAAACAAGAAUUCCGUUUAAACAAAGUAACUCAAA